CUCAGAGGCGGCAACAAAUAGCGCUACACUAAUACUCCACCCAUCUGCCUCCAUUGCCAGCAUAUCUCGCUAGAAAACGCUAGCUAGGAUGGUGCAAGAUGAGUUGACGGUGAGGCGGGGCACGCCAUCACUGGUGGCGCCUGCGCGGGAGACGCCGCGGGAGAGUAAGCCACUGUCGGACCUCGACGACCAGAACUGCAUGCGGAUCUACCUCGUCGGGAUCUACGCCUUCCGUGGCCACGCAUCCAGGCAAGGCGUCGACCCGGCCGCGGUGGUGCGGGGCGCGCUAGCGGAGGCGCUGGUGCACUACUACCCUCUGGCCGGCCGUCUUCGCGAGGAGGCCGGACGGAAGCUGGUGGUGGACUGCGCCGGACAGGGCGUGGCCUUCGUGGAGGCCGACGCCAACAUGGCGCUGGACGACCUCGGCGAGGUGCGGUACCCGCCGUUCCCGCGCUCCGAGGAGUUCGUCUACGACGACCACGUCUACAUGGCCAACCUGCCGCCGGGCCUGCUGCUGCCCGAGAUCAUCGGCCAGCCCCUGCUGUACGUCCAGGUAACACGGUUCACGUGCGGAGGCUUCAUCGUCGGCACCCGGACCUGCCACUGCCUCACCGACGGCUCCGGCGUGGCGCAGUUCCUCAAGUCCGUCGGCGAGCUCGCUCGCGGCGCCACCUCGCCGAGCGUGCCGCCCGUCUGGUCCAGGGACAUAUUCAACGCGCGGCAGCCGCCAUGCCCUUCCUUCCCGCACCCCGAGUUCCAGGAGCCGGCCGGCGGGGACGACCGGCUAAUGUACACACCACCGCAUGAGCUGGAACGCGUCGAGUUCUCCUUCGGGCCCGAGGCUAUCGCCGCGCUGCACAGCCGGGCCGCGCCGGGGAAGAAGGUAUCCCGGUUCGACCUGGUGGCGGCCUGCCUGUGGCGGAGCCGCACGGCAGCGCUGGGCUACGCUCCCGGGGACGAGGUGCGGUGCGGGAUGCCGGUGGACGCGCGCGGGAGGCGGCCGGCGGACUUCGGCCGCGAGAUCCCAAAGGGCUUCUACGGCAACGCGAUCGCGUGCACGGUGGCGUGCUGCACCGCCGAGGAACUGUGUGGCCGCGACCUGGGCUACGCCGUCGGGCUCAUCAGGGAGGCCAAGGCAAUGGUCACCUACGAGUACAUGCAGUCCUUGGCCGACAGGAUGGUGCUAGAGGGCCGUCCCGUGCCCGAAGCCAAGCGCACCUUCACCGUGUCCGACCUCAGCAAUGUUGGGCUGGAAGACGUCGAUUUCGGGUGGGGAAAUGCCGUCUACGGCGGGCCCCCCAUGAACGCUCUCUACCAGUUGCCCGGCGGUGCCACCUUCUUCCGGCGCCGCAAGAACGGCAGCGGCGAGGAGGAGACGUACGGGGCCAUCUACCUCCCAAAAGACUGCGUAGCAAGGUACAUGAAGGAGGUGGAGGCCCUCACCACCACCAUCACCAAGCUGCCCACGGAGACCGCCUUGCGUGCCCGCUAUUAAUCCCUAAACCCGGAGACUGGAGCAAUUAUCUACUGCAGCAAUUAUCCCUAAACCGCGCGCCAUACUAUGGCUUAUACUGUAUCUCUCUAAAAAAAUAAUUUGCUUACCUGUUUGAUUUUAUUUUCCAUUAUUUGGUUAAGGCGGCCAAAUACAAAUAUAAUGCGUGUCUUUAUUUUCCUUUCCCAAGAGUGCAAGUGUUGUGCUGUAAUAGUAACUUACAGCAUCUUUCCAAAAAUAAGUUUCUUACUGUUCACAA